AUGUCAUUCAGGCCAUCUCUGCAAUUUACUCAGGGCAUUCCAUCUGGUCUCAGACAUAUCACCAUCUCUUCUCCAGACCUAGAUCACACUCUGGUCUGUUUCUUGGAGGCGCAACCGCAGCUUGAGUCGUUGUGGCUCGAUUGUCCCUCCCUCCACCGCAAAUCCCCGUUCUCCGCCUCACCGUGGCCCAAGCUCAAAUUCCUGACCAUCGACUACUCCGCGCUCCCACACUUCUUUCACCUCCCUGCUAGUGUAACUCACUUGGCCGUCCUCGAUAUUCCAGAACACACUCAUCCACGCCCUCCAAAACAAACCAGCUUUCUCGAAAACAUACGCGUGCUUUCGUGUCAUUCCUCCUUCAAUUCUAGAGUCCUCAUGGAACUAGUGGCAUCCUUGCCGAAUCUCGAAUGGAUAGAGAUUCGUGAAUCGAGACCCUAUCUUUGUAUAGUCGAACAAGGACUUUUCUCGGCCUUGGAGCCGGCUCCCAAGCUUCGCGGUAUCCGAUUCGCUCAUCAAGUCGUUCCUCCUCAUCACGGGCUCCUGUGGGAGGUCUACUUUAAUAUCGUAGAAUCUCUUCAGUUUGUCGAGUUUUACGAGGACCUUGGGGGGUUUCAGCGCUGGUACCGCCAUUCAGUGGAACCUGUACCAGUCCGGUGGAGGUGUCUGGCAGGCAACGAGUGGCUUUCUGACUGGGUGGAAGAUGUCGAUCAGAUUGUCAGGGAAGAACUUUUGCUAGAUGGGUUAUUUUAA